AUGGCAUACACUAAUUGCAUCAUCUUGGCUCUCUCUUUGUUUUCUCUCCUCUCCUUGCACAGCACCGAAGCUCGUUUAAGCUUAAGCCCCAGCUCCGGUCCCACUGCUUCUCAUCAUCCUUCAUAUAAAGGUCCAGUUCCCCCUGCCGUUAAAACCAUUUGUGACAGAACUGAAUUCCCAGAUGUAUGCAUCAGCACCAUCGUUCCUUUACUUGGCCCUUCCCAGAAGACCGAUCCCAUUUCAAUUCUUCAACUAGGUUUGAAAGCCCUCACCACCGAAACCCAUAAGGCCAUUCGACAAACCAAAAAGCUCUUCAAGGAUCCCAAAACUACGCCAGAAAUUGGAGAUUGUUUGAACGUUUGCUUAGAAAGUUAUGACAACGUCCUUGAAAGCAAUGAUAAAGCAAUUUCUUCUAUUCCCGGUAAGGAUGUUGUCCCACUCGACGGUACCAUUACAAUGAUCUAUGACUGUGACGAUGCUUUUACUGAAUUAACCACAGAGAAGUCACCAUUGGAGAAGAUCAAUAAGAAUUUGAUCAAGAUAGCUAAGAACAACGUCGGCAUUAGUAAUGCUUUUACGGCUUAG